AUGGUAAAAGCUGAAAUACCUGUCGAUCUAGAAGCGGCCAAAAAGAUCAAAAAAAAGUUCAUUCAGAGUGAUGCUGGUGACGGAACAAGGGCCCAGGAGCAAUAUAUCCAUGGCUAUAAGCUAGCUUUCACCUUGAUGAGUAUUGUGGCGAGUCUUUUCAUUGCAGCGCUUGACCAGACCAUUGUAGCCACAAUUUUAACAGAAAUCAGUGAGGAGUUCGGUGGCUUCGACAAGGUCGGCUGGCUUACCUCGGGGUUUCUUCUACCUACAGCUUGUUUCAUGCCGCUGUACGGAAAGAUCUCUAUCGCCUUUGGAAGAAAAUACACCCUUAUAGCUGGUAUCAUCAUUUUUGAGAUUGGCUCCUUAAUUGCUGCUUUGGCAAACAGCAUGGACAUGCUCAUUGGCGGCAGAGUCAUCCAAGGUGUCGGUGGAGGUGCCAUCCAAUCCAUGGUUGUUGUGGUGCUUUCAGAGUCUGUGCCCAUCAACAAGAGACCACUUUCAAUGGCAUUAAUUGGCAUAACAUUCUCCGUUGCUUCAGUGGCAGGUCCUUUCAUUGGUGGCGCUUUUGCCUCCCAUGUCACUUGGAGAUGGUGUUUUUGGAUCAACUUGCCCGUUGGUGGAUUCGCCCUUGGUAUGCUCAUAUUGGCAUUCCAUCCACCCAGACCUAAAGGUGAUUUGAAAGAAAAGCUAAAAAAGAUCGACUACCUCGGAACAUUCCUUUUUGCCGCUGGUCUCGUCUUAUUGCUUCUUGCUCUCACUUUUGGUGGUAAUGAGUUCCCAUGGAAGUCUGCCGCUGUCAUCUGCUGCUUUGUUCUAGGCGGCAUCAUCACUAUCAUCUUCAUUUAUUACAACUUUUCACUCUCGAGGAACCCGCUUAUUCCCAAAGAAGUGGUCAUCGUGCCAAAGAUUUUGAUGGCUACUCUGACGGCCGUGUUUAACUUCUGCUUCUUCAUGGGUAUCGUCACAUAUUUGGCAAUCUACUUCCAAGUCAUUUGGCAAGCGUCUCCAUGGAGAUCUGGUAUCGAUAUGCUUCCGUUUAUCAUCACCGUUUCUUUAGCAUCAGUGUUCAAUGGUGUUUUCAUGCGUUUCACUCGUUACGUGAAGAUCACCAUGCUCAUAUCGGGUAUCUUAGGACCUGUGGGUGUCGGACUCUUCUUAAUUCUUGACACAGACACUCCUUCAAGCCAGCGUAUUGGUUUGUUGAUUCCAGCGGGUGUCUCAGUCGGACUUAUGUUCCAGAGCUCCAUGAUGAGUGCUCAGCUAGAAGCCCCCGGUCAUGUUCCAGGUUCCAUGAUUUUGGUGACCAUCUUUCUCAAUGCUAUGAAAACCGUCGGUGGUGUCAUAGGUGUCGUCACAUCCCAAUUGAUGCUCACCUCCCGUGGACAGAUGUACCUCGUCGAUGUUGUUGCGUCUAACCCUAGUCUCUCGCAUCUUUCACCAAGGACUAUCAUUCAGGCGCCCGCCAUGAUUUGGGACUUCCCUGUUUCAGCAAGAGACGAUGCACUCGCUGCCUUCAUGAGAGCCCUUAAAGAUGUGUUUUAUCUCAACUUAGCAUACGCAAGUCUUGCAUUCAUCAGUUCUCUUUUCACGACAAACAAGAAGAUUCCUAGUAAGAGCCAAAUUGGACACAAUGAUGACGACGAAGAAUCUAAAGAGGACGCCGCCACAGACUCUUCCAAGGAGUUAACACAAGGGACAUCCUCAGACGAACGCUGA